AUGGAGGAGCAUGGCUACUCAGUCAUGCGUGUCCUGGGGCAAGGCGGUGGCUGCAACAGCCGGGUCUACGAGGUCAAAGAUCGGGAGGGUCAACUGCGAGUAGUGAAGCAGCUGCCAUGGGUCGCAGAUACGGACAGAGAGAACGCUCUGCGCGAAGUGCGGCUCCUCUCUUCCAUGCGACAUCCAUGCAUUGUCCCAUAUCUCGAAAGUUUCCUUGUUCGCUCCACACCCUCUCUGCCCUCCGAAGAUAUCCUCUGCCUGGUCAUGAGCCGCUGUGACCGGGAUCUACGGCAGGAAUGCCUCAGGGUUCGACUGGAGUGGGAGCUGAACGGAUGCAGAGACGGCUUCGGCCGGGCACACAUCGCAGAGAUGUUGAUCCUCUCCUGGCUUGCGCAGCUCACCUGGGGUCUUCAACACCUGCACUCUCGGAAGUUUCUUCACCGAGAUUUGAAGCCACAGAACGUCUUAUUGGCCCAACACGGCAAGCGAGUCAUGCUGGCAGACUUCGGAGUUGCGGGACAGGUCGAGCACACCGAGGAUCUGCGCCGGUCCAUUGUAGGUACCCCUGCGUUCAUGAGCCCGGAGAUGUUAGAAGGUCGGCCUUACAACAGCAAGACGGACCAGUGGGCGCUCGGGUGCGUUCUUUUCGAGAUGAUGGCGCUGGAGCCUCCAUUUGCAGGGCGAUGCGACUCUUAUGCAGCAGUCGUGAGCGCUGUGCUGCAUGCACCUCCCGUGCAGGCUCCUGGUGGAUACAGCCCACCUCUGUCUGCGACGCUGGAAGGCCUACUGGCUCGAAAGCCUCACAACAGGCCUUCAAACAGGGAGCUUCUGCGGUCUGAUCUGUUGCGAGACCCUUUCCAUGAUUUCCUGCAAAGUUUGGACAGCCUUGUGGGAGACCGGAAGUGGGCGAAGCCACGGACGUCCACCUCGGAGCCCCGCGCUUCCACGGGCACUGCUGCCGCUGCCGGCACGGCAGUCGGCCUCGCCCGGCGGGCGAUUCCUGUCCUCCGGCAGCUGCACUUCGCUCCAGAAGCCGCCACGGGUGGACCCCCAAAUUCUGCACAGAGUGCCGUCACGGAGCCUUUCUUGGUGGACCAGCUUGACGCGGCCUCGCCAUCGGACAGCGACUUGGGUUCCCCCUGGGCAAAGAGCCAAGAGCUGAGUGCCACGGGAAGUUCUAUGCAGGUUGGCAGCGCGAGUGCUCGCACGCCUGGCCUUCCGGGCCUGGUGGAGGACGACUUCGGGGUCUCCAGGAGUCCAUCUGUGUCAGCGCCCCACAGAGCCACGUCCAACCACACAGAAGGCUGCUCCUACGCUUCAGACUUCGAGAGCGACUCUGUCCAAGUAGGUGCCGAAAGCAAUUCUUCUGGAGAGCGCGACCUCGAUCUUUUGGAGGACUUCCAAGAGCCUGGAGACAGUGCCGACAACGUUUCACACAGCGAGCACGGCUUCGCCAGCACUGCGGAGUGGCGUCAGCUGAUUGCCGAGGCAGAGGCCCUCUUGGUGCCGCUACCCGAGGUCCAAGCGACCGAGGAGGCCCACAAGCUCCGAGCGGCGCUCGCUUCAUCCCUUGGCGGGGAGGACAAGGUAGACACUGCCCUGAACUUCCUACGGGAUCGCCGGCCUUUGGGAGACACCGUCGAGGCAGACGAGCUGCUUCUCCAGGUAGAGCUGCUGGACCUGUUGGGGGAUGAGGGGAUCCUGAAACUUUCUGCAGCCGGUCUGGCCAGGUUCCGAGGAGCCUCCACCCCGAGCUCGCGUGCUGCAAGCCGCCCGGAGGCCCUUGCCGACCCGUUAGCGCUUGGUGUCAGUGGCUGUGGCCUGGGCGACGCGGCGGCCUGGCCCGCGAGCCCACAGUCGUGCGGCGGAACCCCGCCUACACGCCGUAGUGGGCGCCAUCAGUCGGCAGAGCCGAUGCAGAUGGAAGAUGUGGAGGUGGAGGAUCAUGUGCUCCACCCAAACUUUCGCCGCACCGAUGCUGCACCGCCUCAGGUUAUCGUGACGAGAUCGAACCAAGCUGCCCAAAGCCGUGUCAAUCUCCGCCGCUCCGUGGACCAGCGAGCUUCGCUGCGCGAGAGAGACCGAAGUAUGCCGUUUUCGACCUCGUUAGACGUGGAUUUCCUGAGUCUUUUUGCCUCCUGA